AAAUCGUAUCACCGACAAUGCGACUAUAGAUCCCAUUACCGUGUCCACCAGUCUACUAGACCAUUUGAAUGUAGUAUUUGUACCCAAUCGUUCCUGCGUCGUCAUGAUCUUAACCGACAUGCUCGUAUUCAUCUUGGCUUAAAGCCAUUCAAGUGUUCUCGCUGUGGUAAAGGU